AUUGCACAUAAGGCGCUGUGGAUGAAUGAAAUCUGAACUCGAGUUGUUUGUCUGUACGUUUUGUUGUUGUUGUUGUUGUUAAAACUGCAGUAAAUGAAUCUAAGAUUGUCUGCCAAGACAAAAGGAAAGUCGCCUGAGAGCGCACCAGGACAGAGUAAGCGUGUUCCUUGCUUUUGGUUCCUUUAAGGCCUUAGCUAUAGUGGAUAAUAUUGCGUGUUCCAAUGUUAUUUCAACUAAGCUAAAAUCCCUGCAUGGUCACAUUAGAGAGUAGCUACCUAAUGUGCCGCCUAUAUCCGCUCAUUUGUGAGAUGAGAUAUUAAUACUCUAAACACUAUACGUGUCUGAGUUUGAUUUGAAUGGGAUUAUUUUGAAAAUUCUUGAUCAAGUAUUGUUGCAGUAAAUCCUGCAUGUUGUUGCGUGUCCAGAAACUGACACGAACGAUUCAGAUCGCCGAGAUCUCAGUAAUGUUACUAUUAUUAAUUGCAGAAAAAUCUGUGGAUGAAUGUGCCUCACUCUAACGUGUGGGGGUUGUUCAGCUCGGAAACAUGAGAAGCUGAAUGGUUCAUUGUCAUUGAGAACUGCGCCAUCAGUUCAAUGAUUAAUGUGAUUUUGUAUGUUCGUUAUCUGUGUGCAAAGAGUAUAGAACAAGCGUACUCUUUUGUUGUGCGUCACGGUCCCCACAACAGUGACAGCUGUAACCCGGAAGCCCUAAGAAACCUUUCCCGGGGUAACCUUUAAGUGCGCAUGCGCAGUCUGCCAGCGCCAUAUUCAACUGUGUGUAAACAAAGCUUAGCACAAGCUGAGCUAGCUAAAGCUAGCACGGUUGCAUUACAGUCUAUGUAAAGCUAGUAGCAUUGCUAAAGGGCUAGUGGCUAGCAUAGCAUUUUGUGGUCUGAAUGCAAUGUUGCAAUGUUGGAAUGACUUCUUCCUUACUGAACUUUAAUUCACUCCAGUGCUUUCACCUCCCUCUCUGUCUAAUUUACACAUCUUAUCUUUUCUCAUCUCCUCCCAUUUGAGAGAACGUGACAAAUGUUAAAUUUAAUAAACCUGGUUUUUAAUAUCAUUUGUUUGAGAGUUCUCUCUCCUAAAUUUACUCUUGUCAGUUAAACACUGUUUUGUUUUAGUAGCAAUCGUCCUAAUUACUUUUAAUUACAUUUUAUGUUAUUUGUAAUUGCUCUUAUUGAUUUUAAUGACAUCUGGGAAUAUGAAUUUUUGAUUGGAAACUUUAAUUCGAUUUCAAUUUUAAUUGUAAAUCAAUUUCAUAUGGUAGGGAUAUUUGUGGAUUAAUUUAAUGGUAGUUCCUUACCAACAUCUGUCAAUUGUAAUCAUUAACUAAUAAUUAUGGCUUUGAAAUUUUAAUUUCAUUAGUCAUUAAUUAGGAUGUGGGCUUCCCUAAUUCAGAUGAUACUUGAUUAAUUAAUUUGAUUAUAAUUGCUCUCAAUGUUUAAUGCUGAACCCAUUACAAUUUUAAUUCACAACUUCCAAAUUUGAAUUCAAAAUUUCAUUUAAAAUAAAGUUUAGUCUCAGACUUUCACUCCCUCAGUCUUUGAUUUAAUUCAUUUAUUUAAAGGAAAAUUUUGGGGUCUCCCUCAAUACUUGGGUCAGUUGACUUCUCCUGCUAGCGCAGUAAGCCAACCCCCUAGGUGUAGCGACUCCCUAGCGCCACCACUCUGUCAACCCUGUAAUUUUUCCAAAUUUUGGGAGCAAAACUUCACUCUCUUUCUUCUUCUCUCUCUCUCUCUCUCUCUCUCUCUCUCUCUCUCUCUCUCUCUCUCAGCUGUCCUCUUCUGGUUUGACUACUGCUGCUGGUUUUUGGAUUUGUACCUGUGAAAGUCAUAAAAGCAGAGUGUUUGAGAAAUAUUUAACAAAUAUUUGGGAAACGGAACACUUCUUUUAAAAUAGUAUGACACUCACUUUACCUUCCCUCCUCAUCCUGUUAUCCUACCCAGCCUAGGCUCGAGCAGGUCGACAAGGAGACUGGUAGGCGUCCAUAAACCCUGAGCACGCGUCUAGAAGCGCUUUAAGUGGUGCAUGGUUGUCAAUCCUACUAGCUGAGAAACCAAUACUGUCAUUGUUAUUGUUUUUCUUUCGCCCCGAAGGGAAUUUUAAUAACAAUCACAGUCCUGGUACUUUGAAAUCCUUUUCAAAACCCCUGUCUAGAACCAUCCUUCUAAAAUUAAAUUUUACAAAACUCAUUCUGCAAACAGUGUUAAAGACAAAACUUCAUCUUAUAGGGAAACUGGAAGCACCCCAUUAUUAUUCUGCUCUUUGCUAAAUGCUAUUCUGUUUGUUUCAUGCUCUUCUUUUCUUCUGCUGUUCUCUAGCUGUGCUACCUGUGUGUGCUUACUGAUUCUUUCCGCAGAGACUCCGAGUUAGAAGCACAUCCACGAGAGGACCACAGUCGAGAACCAGUCUUACCUGCACAUUUACACACUCAUUACUCAUUCCCAUUAACUCACAGUUGACAUUGCACACUUACACCUUUGAUUUGCCCUGCUUGUUUGUUUUGUUUUGUUGUGUUUUGUUUUGUUCUUUUCUUCAAGGUCUGUGUCAGUUUCGGGUUUAGAUCUCCCUCGCGGUGCCAAACAUGUCUCGCACAACAGACCCUGCUGGACACUGGAAGGAUCUGGAGACCUGGCUAAGUGUUGUAACAGACAGCCUCCUACCUAAGGCCGCUGAAACACUAAAGCAUCAGACACAGGACCAGCUGGAUGACAACAUAGCAAGCCUCAUGAAACAGGACCCAAGCCAGAGCUACAGUCACAAAGAACUAGCCAAGAUCACCGGCUCCUUAAGCCACACACUCAUCGCCACCCUCAAACUGAGCGACAGGCAAGCCGCCCAUCGCCAGCAGGAGCUGACACAUGCACAACGACGCAUCGAACAGCUGGAGCUGGAGGCUCAGGAACGACAAGAAGGGCCUGAUGAAGUGGAACAAGGCGCAAAAGAGGAGAUCAACAGGCUAAAAGAGACCCUAGCAGCUACUACGCAAGAAAUGGAACGAGGCAGAGCAGACCACGCUGACCUCUCCGACAAGCUACAGUACGCAGAACAGCUACUGGAAAAAGCAAAGGCUGACUUCAGAGACAAGAACAGCCGAAUUAAAGCUCUCGAAACUCACCUGAAUGAGUCAAGAAAUGAGGUCAGCCGCCUAAAACAACAGCUUGACUACAUCAAAGAAGAGUCUGACAGUAUUAAAGAGGAACUCAAGCAUGCAUAUGAAUUGCGCUGUGAGCCGUCAAGAACACGUCGGACACCGACUUCACCUUUGCCAAGCAGGACCGGCUCCCCUGUUCCUGGACUGGCACAUGAUCAAAAGGGGGCAGUGCCAAAACAGUCACCUGUUCCCUCCGAAGAAUCCUACCUCCCCGCUAAGCUAAAAGAACGUGCUCCAGCCAGCCACAGAUCAUCUCAUGGCUUGGACCUCAGAGACCUUGACAAGCUCGCUAGAAACAUUGGCAAAUUCACUCCAAAUGUGCCAGGUAGUCCAAAUGUUCAGAGUUAUCUGCAAGAUAUUGACUUCCAUCUGGAAAUGAGACCCAAUGUCACUGACAAAGAUAGACUUUAUUUGCUCAGAGCCACAUCCAGCUCUGAAGUGCGCAGCUUCCUGGACCGGCAGCCUGCCCACACAAAGACUGAUUACCACCUGCUCCGAGAAGCUCUCAUCAGAGAGUUUGCCGACCCUGAGUCAGAACGAGGACUAGUGGCUGCCCUGGAAACAAAACAAGGUCGUCACGAAACUCCUCAAGUCUUCUAUAGCCGACUAAGGCUAGCAUACUUCGGGUCUCGCAACGAACAGAGCAUGGAGGAGGAAUUGAACUUCAAAACUCUCUUCCUGAGAAACCUCCAUCCUGGGGUGAGCCACCAUCUUGGCGUCCUUGCCUGUCCACGCACAAUGAGUGCUCAACAGUUAAGAGACUUGGCUCACAAAGCCUACUGUAAACAGAAGAUGGCCUUAGAAAAGGGCACCAAAACCACCGCAGUUCUUGACUUCAACACUCAGAGUCAGGGGCUGGCCCUAGAGGGCACCCAGCGUCAAGACCUUGCCAAGCCGACACCCAAAGAGUGGAAUGCAUCCUCGUCCAACAGAGAGUGGGACUCCCACACUGGAACUCGACCUAAACCGAGAGACAACCGCUGGGAUGGACCACGUGGACGACAACGCUCACCUGGACGUCACUGGGAAAAUUCAUGGAACCAAUCAAGACCUCAUGAGAGUCAUUGGGAGAAAACCUGGAAUCAGCCAAGCUCAUUUGGAAACCCCAGAGGAAAAGGCUCAUGGGAAUCCAUGGGAAAACGACAAACACACCCUGGAGCAACCAGCCCAAGGAAUCGACGAAAAAACUCACAAAGAUUCCAAGCUGACAGAGCUCAAAAUGAAUCCAUACCAGAACAAAAGACUUCACCUUGUUUCGACUCUCAAGAGCUGAUGAAAAUGAUGAUGAAAGAGUUCUUCCAACGAAAGGAGGACGACCGGAAGUGGGAAGAGAAAGCGAAAUCAGAUUCAUCCUGACUAGAACACACCCCA